AAGGCUUUCUUGUUAGUAAGAAGAAUAUGGCCACCUCUCCAGAAACUUUGUGUUGCUUUUACCCUGCUCCUUUCAGACAGUUUGUUGAGUAUGUUGUGAAUUUGAAGUUCGAUGAGGAACCAAAUUAUGCAAAAUAUAUUUCUCUUUUUGAUGGGAUUGUUGGUCCAAAUCCAGAUAUUAGGCCAAUAAAUACUGAUGGUGCUCAGAAGCUUAUAUAUCAAGUAGGACAAAAGAGGGGACGGUUAACAAUGGAGGAGGAAGAGGAUGAACAUAUGAAGAAGAAGCUUAUAUAUCAGAUUGAAGAGAGUAACGCUAAUCAGUUCAGACGGAUUGGAAGUUAUAGUGUUCAGUGA